GCAGCCGCCCGCCUCUGUCACCAGGAGACAGUCCACUUAAAUGCAGCUCCAGGGUUGCGGGACCCCCACCAGAAUCACUACCCGUGUGAGGUGGCAAAUGCAACAUGCCCUCCAGCUUGGGGUGUCUACUUCUCUGUGGAAGUAUUGCACUAGCCCUGGGAAAUGCACAGAAAUUGCCAAAAGGUAAAAGGCCAAACCUGAAGGUCCACAUCAAUACCACAAGUGACUCCAUCCUCUUGAAGUUCCUGCGUCCGAGUCCUAAUGUAAAACUGGAAGGUUUUCUCCUGGGAUAUGGCAGUAACUUGUCACCAAACCAGUACUUCCCUCUUCCUGCCGAAGGGAAAUACACUGAGGCCAUAGUCGAUGCCGAGCCUAAAUAUCUGAUCGUCGUACGGCCCGCUCCUCCCCCCAGUCAAAAGAAGUCAUGCUCAGGUAAAAAACGAUCUCGCAAACCUCUCCAGCUGGUGGUUGGCACUCUGUCACCAAGCUCAGUCUUCCUGUCCUGGGGCUUCCUCAUUAACCCUCACCAUGAUUGGACAUUGCCAAGUCAGUGUCCCAAUGACAGAUACUACACAAUUCGCUACAGAGAAAAGGAUAAGGAAAAGAAAUGGAUUUUUCAACUCUGUCCAGCCACUGAAACAAUCGUGGAAAAUCUAAAGCCUGACACAGUUUAUGAAUUCGGAGUGAAAGACAAUGUAGAAGGUGGAAUUUGGAGUAAGAUUUUUAAUCACAAGACUAUUGUCGGAAGUAAAAGCAAAGUAAAUGGGAAAAUCCAAAGUACCUAUGACCAAGUCCACUCUGUGCCAGCGUAUGUCCCAAGAAAGCUAAUCCCAGUAACAAUCAUCAAGCAAGUGAUUCAGAAUGUUACACACAGGGCCUCAACUAAAUCUCCAGAUAAGACUCCCUAUGGAGGAACAAUACUGGUCCACCUUGUUAUCCCAGGACUUAAUGAAACCACCGUAAAACUUCCUACUUCGAUUAUGUUCGAGAUUUCAGAGGCAAUCAAGACACAGUUAGCUAAGAAUGAAACCUUGGCAUUGCCUGCUGAAUCUAAAACACCAGAGGUAGAAAAAAUUCCAGCACUGCCCAUAACAGUGACUCCUGAAUCAGUUCCAAGAACCACUAAGCCCACUGUGUCUAGUGCAUUAGACAUUUCAGAAACAACACUGGUUCUCAGGGGAAGGACCCCCGGAACAUCACAAACUAUUUUAAUACCUAGGUUUGAAUUGCCACUGAGCACUCUAGCUCCGAAAAGGCUUCCAGAAUUUCCUCAGGCAAAAACACCUUUCCCUUUUGAGAAAGCUGGGGGCACCUUGGCUUCAAGUGAAAAGCCAGGAAUUGUGCCUACAAGUAAAAUAUCUGAAGAUUCCAAAAUUCUACUGCCUCAAACUGCCACUUAUGAUGUUUUCUCAAGCCCUACAACAUCAGAUGAGCCUGAGAUAUCAGAGCCCCACACAGCAACAAGCCAUCCACUUCUGGACUCUGUCCCACCUAAAACUUCUAGAACUCUUGAACAGCCAAGGGCAACACUGGCUCCGAGUGAAACACCAUUUAUUUCUCAAAAACUGGAAAUCUUUACCAGUCCUGAAUUGCAGCCUACAACACCUGCUCCCCUGCAAACUACAUCUGUCCCUUCUACACCUAAACGACGCCUCAGGCCCAAACCACCAAGAACUAAGCCUGAAAGAACCACAAGUCCUGGAACAAUUACAUCUAAAAUUUCUAAAAGCCCUGAACCUAGACGGACAACAAUGGCUCCCAGUAAAACACAAUUUAUUUCUUUGAAACCUAAAAUCCCUCUCAGUCCAGAAGUGACAGACAGCAAACCUGCCCCAGAACCUGAGAUUCUCCUACCGUCACAGUCACCAAUAGUCUUAGAACCUGGAACGCUGGAAACUAAAUCUUCAACAACAACAUUAGCUCCACCAAAGACCAAACGGCCAGGUCGUCGUCCCCGCCCUAAAACUACACCUAGUCCAGAUGUGCCCAAGUCCAAACCUGCUCUGGAACCUGCAACGGUACCACCAGAACCCUUGGUGCCCACGAUUGAUUCAAAACCAGCAAAGCAAUUACUUUCUAAACCCACAGCAAAACCAGAUACGCCACCACCUACAUCCGUUUUUGAGCCUGUUACACCUGCGACCGAAGCGCCGUCCACAAGCAUAGUUCCUGCCACAGACAUUGAACCUGUAACUCUGAGAACUGAGGCUCCUCCGACAACAUUAGCUCCAAAAACAUCACAAAGAACAAGGACACGUCGCCCACGUCCACGUCCCAAACAUAAAACCACACCAAGACCCGAGACACCUCAGACCAAACUAGACUUUGAACCUAUUACUCCUGGGACAUCUUUAGCUCCAACAACUAAGAGACCCCGUCGUCCGCGUCCCAAACCUAAAACCACGCCCCAUCCAGAAGUACCUCAGACUAAACUGGUUCCUGCCACAAUCCCUGAACCAGUCAGUCUUAGGACCGAAGCUCCAGAAACAACAGUAGUUCCUGCUAUAGUCUUUGAACCAGUUACUCCUAUAAAAGAGGCUCCGGAGACAGCAUUCGUUCCUGUUACAGACCUUGAACCCGUCACUUUUCCACCUGAGACAUCUGGGACCACACUAGCUACUACCAAAACAUCAAAAAGACCUCGUCGUCCACGUCCCAGACCUAAAACCACACGAGGCCCUCAAGUACCUCAGACAAAACUGGUUCCUGCUACAACCCUUGAACCUGUCACUCUUAGAACAGAGGCCCCUGGAACAACAUUAGCUUCUAAAACAUCACAACAGACAAUUCAUCCACAUCCCAGACCAAAAACCACACCAAGUACUGAAGCUCCUGAGUCCAAACCAGUUCCUACUGCAGACUUUGAACCUGUUACAUUCAGAACUGAUGCUUGGGUAACAACAAAAGCUCCUAAAACAUCAAAACGGACCCGUCGUCCGCGUCCCAAACUUAAAACUACAACAACUCCUGAGGCACCUCAAACCAAACCGGUUCCCACUACAGAUCUUGAACCUGGUACUCUUAGAACUGAAGCUCCAGAAAUCGUGGUUCUUCCUACAGUCAUUGAACCUGUCACUCGUACAACCAAGGCUCCAGAAACAACAUUAGCUUAUAAAACAACACGAGUUCGACGUCCACGUCCCAGACCUAAAACCACAUCAAGCCCUGAAGCACCUCAGACCAAAUUGGUUUCUGCUACAAGCUUUGAACCUGUUAUUCAUAGCUCUGAAGCUCCAGAAGCAACAUCAGCUCCCCCUGAACUGCGAACUCUUAUUUUGAAGCCAGUGACAUCACCAAGCCUAGAAAUGACCCAAAGUCAGCCUGUUUCUGAAGUCCUGGAAUUGCUUACAUUUAGCACUGAGUCAUCAAAGGAAGCUAUAGCACCAACUGAAAUAGAUUAUGUCUAUUCCACCACCAAAGCACCACUCAGGCCAGAGGAGCCAGAGACAGAAGUUGUGGAAUCUAUUACACAUGUGUCUGAACCACCUGAGACCACGCUAGCUUCCAAGCAGAUACCACGAACUCCUCCCAAACCAAAAACAUCUCCACGUCCAAGAAUCCCACAAACACAAUCAGCUCCUAAGGUAUUCCAGCAUGUUACUCUGAAGCCAAAGACAUCACCAAGUCCAGAAGUGUCCUAUACGCCACCUGUUCCAAGAGAUGUGCUCCUUCCCCAUAAACCAGUCCCCGAAGUCUCUCAGAGCGAACCUGUUCUGCAACCUGUUACCUUUAGAAUCCAUCUGCCAGAGACAACUCUAGCUCCUUUAGAGACACGAGGCAGCCCUUUGAUUCCUAUGAUUUCACCAAGUACUAGUCAAGAGGAACUACAAACCACUCUUGAAACAGACCAGUCUACCCAAGAACUCUUCACAAUGAAAGUUCCACGAACGACUGAAUUGGCAAAGACAACUCAGGCACCACACAGAUUGUAUACUACUACUAUGAGGCCCAGAACACCUGACAAACCACACAUCAGACCUGUUCUGAAUAAGACAACUACAAGACCGAGCAGACCCAGACCCAGUGGGACACCCAGAGGGAAUGGAAUAGGAGCAGGGGUCAAGCAAGUCCCACUGCCAUCUGGUGCUGGUAGAAAUAUAUCAGUGGAUUCUUCUCACCCCACAAAAAAACCAGCCAUAAUCCCAGGUACUCGUCGCCCACCCCUGCCACCCAGACCCAUGCCCCCACGAAGAAAGCCUUUACCACCCAACAAUGUCACCGGAAAGCCAGGAAGUGCAGGAAUCAUUUCAUCAGGCCGAGUAACUUCCCCACCCUUGAGGGCAACACUCAGACCUACAGAAGCUCCCUUGGAGACAAUGGAGACAGAUAAAAAGCCACCGACAGUUCCUGCCUCAGAAGAAGAUCUUGAUAACAUGACUGACUUUAGCUCAAGUCCAACAAGAGAAACUGAUCCUCUUGGGAAGCCCAGAUUCAAAGGGCCUCACGUGCGGUAUAUCCAAAAGCCUGACAACAGCCCCUGCUCCAUCACCGACUCUGUCAAGAGAUUCCCCAAAGAGGAGGCCACAGAGGGGAAUGCCACCAGCCCACCGCAGAACCCACCCACCAACCUCACUGUGGUCACUGUGGAAGGGUGUCCGUCCUUCGUCAUCCUGGACUGGGAUAAGCCGCUCAAUGACACUGUCACAGAAUAUGAAGUUAUAUCCAGAGAAAAUGGAUCAUUCAGUGGGAAGAACAAGUCCAUCCAAACAACAAAUCAAACCUUCUCCACAGUAGAAAAUCUGAAACCAGACACAAGCUAUGAAUUCCAGGUGAAACCCAAAAACCCACUUGGUGAAGGGCCACCCAGCAACACAGUGGCGUUCAGUACUGAGUCAGCUGACCCAAGAGUGAGCGAGCCAGUUUCUGCAGGAAGAGAUGCCAUAUGGACCGAAAGGCCGUUUAACUCGGACUCUUACUCCGAGUGUAAGGGCAAACAGUACGUCAAAAGGACUUGGUAUAAGAAGUUCGUGGGGGUGCAACUAUGCAACUCGCUCAGAUACAAGAUUUACCUCAGUGACUCCCUCACAGGAAAAUUCUAUAACAUAGGCGAUCAGAGAGGCCAUGGGGAAGAUCACUGCCAGUUCGUGGACUCAUUUUUAGAUGGACGCACAGGACAGCAACUCUCUUCUGACCAGUUACCCACCAAAGAAGGCUAUUUCAGAGCAGUUCGUCAGGAACCAGUCCAAUUUGGAGAAAUCGGUGGUCACACUCAGAUCAACUAUGUCCAGUGGUAUGAAUGUGGGACCACAAUUCCCGGAAAAUGGUAGAUGCUGCAGUCACAUUCAAAAGUGCUUCCUGUUUCAUCGUUUCAAAAAAAUAAUUGGAAACAGUAUGGUAUUUGUCACAUACAUUUAAAGCUCUUUUGUUUACUAUGUAUAAAAGUCUAAAAUCUAAUAGCAAUAUUAGAUGUUUAUUAGAAAGAUUGCUAAGAAUAUUUAUCAGGUUUUACAAAGUCAUUUUAAGAAAGCAAGAUAUUGAUAUUAACAGAAUAACAUUUUUGGGGAAGCUGGCUCCCUGUUCAUGGUAUUUUAAGAGAUCAUUUGUAUAUUAUUUAUCACACUGUUGUAAUGAUGUUCUGAGAUACUUUUAUAACAAAAUUAACAUCAAAAAACUAAUAUACUUUAAAAAAAUAUUUACAUUUAUUGUGUAUUCUUCCUAUUGUUAAUUCCAUAAAUCUCUACUUGGCUUAACUUAUUAGAUCAAAUUAUCAUCAGCAUAUUAUAUCUGGGGAGAAAAGGUCCUAAUAUUCACAUGUUUAUUUAAACUGCAACCUUUUAGCAAUAGCUGAGUAACUUUUGAAGCAUUUAAACAGUUAGCCAUUCGUGCUAAUAUACAUUUCAUUAAUUAUCUACAAAUGAUUGCAAAGGUUGUUUGAAUCAGUAAAUUUCAGUUGAAAAUGGAAUUGAGAAUUUGAUAUAUCAUUUCAAAAAUAAGUAUUCUGUUCUUUCUCUACCCAUAAACAUGCUACAAUGUCUGAAUGUUCUUUGUCAAACUAUCCCUUUAAGCAGUUGUGUCGGUGCUGUUUUGAAUUCUAAUCAAGCUGUGUCCGAAGACUGCGGUGAAGUCUAAGCAUGAAAGGAAAAGCCGUGAUGAGAGGCCUACCGUUUUAUGACAUUUACUCUAUUUUUAACACAGACGAUCUCUAGGGAAUGAAUGUAUCAGAGGCUGUUUUCUUAAUUCUAACCACCUGUAAUGCAAAUCCGACAUUUCUUUCAAACAGUAUUUCUUCCUCCACUGGGGAGGAGACAGGAACGCCGCACUGGUGCCCUCAUUCUUAAAGGACCUUUCUGCGCUUACCUUUCAACAGGCUUCAGUUUUAUCAAUACUUCAUUUUAUAUUUUUCAAACAGUAUAAACUCUGCAAUAAAGAGAUGUAGUUUUUUUUAA